CCAAAUAAACAAGCACACACCUGCAGGGACAUAGUUUCUGAUUAAAAAAAAAACAGAGCAGGUUACUAGAACCAGGAACAGAAAAUACUGCCUGUCACGAGAUUAUAUUAGCUACCUCGUUUUGAGAACACAGAAGGCAUCACUUCAACAUCUUACUCCCGCCAAGCAAGAGAAUACAGUUGAACGGCAAUGAAGGAAACUUUCAAUGACACCGAAUAUGCCCUGGACUACGAGGAUGAAGUCUGUGAAAAAGGUGAGGUGGUCAAGUUUGGAUCCAUUGCCAUUCCUGUGUUCUUCUCCGCUGUGAUCACACUGAGCCUCACAGGAAACCUCCUCGUCCUUGUAAUCCUUGCUUUGUACGAAAACCUCAAGUCCCUCACCAACAUUUUCAUCCUGAACCUGGCCAUCUCUGACCUCGUCUUCACCACCGGUCUGCCCUUUUGGGCAAUUUACCACAUCUGGGGAUGGCUGUUUUCAGAGGCCCUUUGCAAAAUAGUGACUUUUGUCUUCUUCACUGGGUUUUAUAGCAGCAUCCUCUUCCUGACCAUCAUGACUAUCUACAGGUAUCUGGUAGUGGUCCACCCACUGUCCAGUCUGAGCACACUGAGACUCAGCACCGGGGUUUAUGUGUCUUUGCUCCUGUGGAUAAUCAGCAUUGGAGCCGCCAUGCCCUCCCUGCUCUACAGCUCCCUUGUCUCGAUCCCUCACAACGGUACACACUCCCUGGGCUGUGAGUACGAAACACCCCGGUGGAAAAGCAUCGGUGUCUUCCAACAGAACAUUUUCUUCUUGCUCACGUUUGUAGUGAUGGCUUUCUGCUACGUUCAAUUACUGUGGAAAAUCACAAGAACAAGAUCGCACACAAAGAACAGAGCCGUGAAGUUGGUCUUCUGCAUCGUGGCGGUGUUCUUCCUCGGCUGGGUGCCGUACAACGUGGUCAUCUUUUUGAGGGUUUUGGCCGACAAAGUGGUUGCACCAUUCCAUAAGUGUGACACAAGUAUCAAUCUCGACUAUGCGUUCUACGUGUGCCGGCUCAUUGCUUUCUCCCACUGCUGCCUGAACCCUGUCUUUUAUGCGUUGGUCGGUGUGAAGUUCAGGAGUCACUUGAAGUCGUUGCUCCUCCGAUUGUUCAUUCGAAGGCCAGCUGAAGAACAGCAGGUUAGAAUGCAGAACUUCUCGCAUGCGUCGAUGCUCUAGUUGCUGAUUAAGUAUGCCAUUUUCUGAAGUCCAGUGUGUACUAAUCCAUUUUAGCGAAAUAUAGGAAUACAGGGUUCAUACUUUUUAGUUUGUAGCAAUCUGCACUCAAUAUUACAUUCUGACUUUAUCUAUUUAUCGUGUCAUUCAUUUACUGGCACUUUAAAGAGAGUCACAUUUUUUAUGGAUAUAAAAAUAUAAUUACUUAGUUACAGUGGAGCCAUUAUAGUAUACAGUAUAUGUUCAUUUAAAACUAUGCCUUUUCUAGCUUUUGUGAGGAUGUUUUCACUUAUCACUUGAAUAGGAUUUAUUCUGUGAAUUUAAUACAAUGUGUCAUUGCAUACAAAAGGUUUUUAAUAUAUAUUUUAAAAAGAAGGGGUUUCUUUAUGGCCUCUAUGUUGUAAUGCUACUAAAUAUGCUUGUAUAUUAUAUUUAGUCCGGUAAUGAUACCACCCAAUAAAAAGCAACGUAAACAUAUUUGACAUUUUGAGUCCCUCUGUGCAAUA